CAAUAACGGGACAUCUCCUCAGUGCUGUCCUCCUACCUGUCCUGUGAGGACCCUGUCUGACAUAGCGCACGAACUUCCGUACGAGUCUCAUGUCAUCGCUGGACUUGAUGAAAAAAGAGUGUUUCGCAUCUGGGACCCUGUCCUCGGCUUCUCUCAAAAGAAGAUUCAUAAAGAAGAGGAGGGUCGCUCCGAGGGCGCAGCGGGAUGCGGGCGGAGACUGUCAGCUGUGCAGGUGUUCCAUAUUUUCCCCAUCCGGCAGUAGUCGUACUGUUCGUCGCAUUCUAACAGCCUGCCUCCUCUCGCUCCUGGCCCUGCUUGGCUCUGUGUCCAUCGACCUCAGCUCUAAUUUUGAUUUGCUGCAUACUACAGAAGCCGCUUACGAUGAGCUGACUUCAUGCAGGACGAUAGCAAUCCUGCAACUCGUCAAUAAGCUUCAAAAGAUGAGACAUUUAUUUGCCCAAGAAGAGGGCAAUAAGACACUGGAGGCAAGUUUUUCUGAGGUUUUGUUUGGUCAUCUCUGUGGCGACAUGACGGAUCACAUUAAUGGCCACGGGCUCCCUUGCAGUAUUGAGUUGGUUGGAUUUUGCCAGGAGAUGAGGAGAAGUGUUGAAGAAUUACUAAAUGCUUCAUUGGAUACAAACGACAUGAGGGAAAACGGCACUUGUGCUUACUCCUUGGCCAUUGGAAGACUUCUUGACGUUUGGGGCACGGUAGAAGACACUUUAGUCAAAGUCAAACAGAAUUUUAACUGGAGAGAUGUACUUUCUGCAAGACUUCUGGUAACAUUCAUAGAACUCAACCAUCAGUUGAUGGACUUCCAGCACAUGGCAGAUUAUACUGACUUUCAGUACAAAUGGACUUACCUACUAAGCUGCCUUGGCUUUGCCAGGGUUAUGACAGAACGACUGAAUGACUGCUGGAUUGAGAAUGUAGACCUCAAGUUAAACUUAAGCCAGCAUUUAAAACAUUCUUAUGUAUUUGGCACAAAUCUGUGGCAGAUCUCUGGAGCGGGACCCGAGCUUCUGUCUGGGUCUCUCACUGGACUUCAAGCUCUGACAAACACUCAGCAGUGCUUGUUUGAUCGUGCGGUACCGGCUCUGAGGUUGGCGUCCCGAUCCGUGUCUUCGGGACUCAGUAUGAGGGUCUGCUUACUGGCCAUGGCCUGCCUCAUCUACCCGGUGGUGAUGUUCUCUUUCAAGCAGAUGACUGAGUGGAUACAGAACUAUGCGCAGAGCUUGAAGGAGAAGACCGAAGACCUGAAGCACCAGAGACAGCUGGCUGAGGAUCUGCUACACCAAAUGCUGCCCAAGUCAGUCGCCAAGCAGCUCCGGCAGCAUAAACACGUCGAGGCAGAGAGCUAUGAAAAGGUGACAAUUUUUUUCUCAGACAUAGUGGGCUUCACCUCUAUCUCUGCAUCCUGUACUCCUCUGCAAGUGGUGGAGAUGCUCAACAACCUCUACAUGUGCUUUGACACACGCAUCGACUCCUAUGACGUCUACAAGGUGGAGACAAUCGGGGAUGCAUACAUGGUGGUGAGCGGUCUGCCUGAGAGGAACGGUGAUAGACAUGCUGAUGAGAUAGCCAAGAUGGCGCUGGAUCUGGUGGCAGCUGUCAGACAGGUCUCCAUCCCACACAUGCCCAACCAGAGGCUGCAGCUCCGAGCCGGCAUUCACACAGGACCAUGUGUUGCAGGAAUAGUGGGCUACAAGAUGCCAAGAUACUGUCUGUUUGGAGAUACUGUCAACACGGCCUCUAGAAUGGAGUCCACCAGCCUGCCUCAGAAAAUCCACACCAGUUCAGAAACCUACUUGGCCCUGAUCAAAGACAACGCCUACGAGCUGCAGCUUCGUGGAGAGAUUGAGGUUAAGGGUAAAGGCAAGAUGAACACGUACUGGCUGAUUGGCCAUAAGAACUACAGUGUGCAGAAUGACAGUCUGGUUUGCCACUGGAAUCCCAGCAUGGCCAAAAAGAAGAAGACAGUGGCAGGCAGUGAGGUCUCUGUGGGCAAUUCAUCAGUGACAGUCCAAAGCUUCAGUGAGAGCACCACCACAGGGCCCCUUCCUUCCUCAGUGUUAAACCAAACCACACAGCAACCUGGGAUAGACAAGCCUGGCCUGAGUGUGGCGGCUCAGGUUGAGCCCCAUGGCAGCUCUGUUUUGGGGGCUGCAGGGAGAAGAUGAGAGCCCUCUACCCAGCAAGCAUAAGAACAGCAGCGGGCACACACCUGACCUGCUGCAUGGUUCUGACCACCCCAAGUAACCAGCUCAGGACACCAGUUAACAUGGGAACAUCUAUCAAACUAGGGGAAUGACAGAGAUUGGUAUUAGGUUGUGUAAUAACCGCUAAAUAAUGUGAUCACUUGUCAUAGCUUGAUUUCAGAAUGACAUCAUCUGAUUCAAUAACUUCUUUAGUAGCGCUUGUUUCCUGUGGUAUGUGUGUUUUUAUGUACAUGUUUGGUGUCCUCUUUGUCAUUGUGAAGGACUGUGUCUAAAAUGUGAAUUACAAAUAAAGUUGACAGAGUUACUCACUUUUGUC